UUGUUGCUGCCGCUGUUCUCCCUCCCGGCCUCCCCUCCCUCCCUCCCUCCCGUCCCCGAUGGGGGCGGGGAGGAGAACUUGACUUUCACUCACUCGCGGCACGCGCGCGCCAGGGAGAGGAGGCCAGAGCGAGGCCGCUGCGCUGAGGGGAGGCGAGGCGCGAGCCCGGCCGGCCGUUGCGAGGCCCCUUCGCCAGUUUUCGCCUCACGCUUCUCUGUCCGGCGGGUAGAGGGGGGGGGGUGAAGAGUAGCCGCGGGUGCGCGCGCGCGCUCCCGCCCUCCCCGCGCUCCCGCCCGCCUAGUCCAAGGUAAGGCAAACGAGCGACUGACUGACUGACUGGAGUGGCGGCGGCGCGGCUUUGUUGUUUCGUGAGGGGAAGAAAAACAGAGGCGAAUUCGGUUGGACCGCUGAGGGGACGGAGGGAGGUCCGGGAUUGGGCCGCGCGCUGGGCCGGCUCGCGCAUGCGCCGCCCUGUGGAAAGGAGGGGGAGGAGCCUAGAUGGGAGGGGUCAGAGAGAGAGGGAAAAGGCUAAAGGGAGGAAUUUGCUGAGUCAUUGCUGGAGCCAAGCACGUGGUGACAAAAUAAAGUCUGCCACGCCAUAUCUAUCUAUGUAGGUAUGAAGUUCUCUCUCCCCUCUUCCCUGCCCCUGUGUGGAUCAGAGCUUGUUUGACUUUUAGAGGACACCUGAAGGCAGCCCUGUUUAGGGAAGCUUUAAUGUUUAAUAGGUUAUUGUAUUUUAAUAUUCUGUUGGAAGCCGCCCAGAGUGGCUGGGGAAACACAGCCAGAUGGGCGUGGUAUAAAUAAUAAUUUUUUAUUAUUAUUAUUUUGGGAGGGGAAGCUGGUCCAUUAGUGUGAGGGGGGCGCUGCCUGUCAGCUUCAGCCCGCCUCAUCCUCACCCCACUUGCUUGUUUGCAACUAACCAUCACGGGGUGCUCACCCCUCCUCCUUAGAAUCAUACAGUCAUACCUCGGGUUGAAUACGCUUCCAGUUGAGCGCGUUCGAGUUGUGCUCUGUGGCAACCCGGAAGUAACAGAGCCUGUUAAAUGACGCUCAAAAUGAUGUCACGCGCAUGCGCAAAAGCAGCAAAAAGCGACGCACGCGUGCGUGCGCAGACAUGCCAUCACUAGUUAUGUUUGCUUCUAGAUGCGAAUGGGGCUCCCCAUUUUUAGCGUUUUUAUCCUGCCCCUUCAACAUAGGUUUAUGUUCACAGGUGGCUAGCAGGUUAGUAACAAACUAAACAGUUUAUUCAUAAUAAUGAAUAAACAAAGCACACAUACUGAAGUUGGGAUAGCUUAGUCAGUAGAGCAUGAGACUCUUAAUAUCAGGGUUGUGGCUUUGAGACCCUUUUUGGGCAAAAGAUUCCUUCCUUGCAGGAGGGGUUGGACUAGAUGAUCCUUGUGGUCCUUUCCAACUCUACAAUUACAUGAUUCUACGAGGCUAAUUGGGAUGCGGGUGGCGCUCUGGGUUAAACCACUGUGCCUCUUGGGCUUGCUGAUCGAAAGGUCGGUGGUUUGAAUCCCCAUGACGUGGUGAGCUCCCGUUGUUCAGUCCCAGCUCCUGCCAACCUAGCAGUUCGAAAGCACAUCAAAGUGCAAGUAGAUAAACAGGUACCACUCUGGUGGGAAGGUAAACGGCGUUUCCGUGCACUGCUCUGGUUUCUCUAGAAGCAGCUUAGUCAUGCUGGCCACAUGACCCAAAAAAACUGUCUGCGGAAGUGGACAAAUGCCAGCUACCUCGGCCUUUAAAGCGAGAUGAGCACCGCAGCCCCAGAGUCGUUCACGACUGGACUUAAUUGUCAGGGGUCCCUUUACCCUUUACCUUUUAUGGGGCUAAUACAGCAAAUUCAACCAACAAACUUAAACAGCAGCAACCAAUACAAAUAAAUUGUAAAAUUGAACUGCUCUAAGUUAGUGAAUGCUUACAUUAGCAGCUCUUAAAAGCCUCUUGAAAUUGAAAAAAUGACUAUAAUUUCAAUGGAAAUACAGUGGUGCCCCGCAAGACGAAUGCCUCGCAAGACGAAAAACUCGCUAGACGAAAGGGUUUUUCGUUUUUUGAGCUGCUUCGCAAGACGAUUUUCCCUAUGGGCUUGCUUCGCAAGACGGAAACGUCUUGCAAGUUUGUUUUCUUUUUCUUAACACCGUUAAUACAGUUGCGACUUGACUUCGAGGAGCAACUCAUAGAACAGCGGUGUGGUAGCCUUUUUGAGGUUUUUAAAGACUUUGGUGAUUUUUGAAGCUUUUCCAAAACUUUCCCGACACCGUGCUUCACAAGACGAAAAAAAUCGCAAGACGACAAAACUCGCGGAACGAAUUAAUUUCGUCUUGCGAGGCACCACUGUACAUUUUGUCGUGGUGAAGAACAAUGUGGCCAGGUGACCUUUCUGCUGCUCAGCUGCUAAUGUUAAUGGGCACCUUCAAUACUUUCCUUUGUUUUCCUUCUUAUGAUUUCUUCUUUACAUUGUACUUGAAUGGGACAGCCUUUUAAAUACAUGACUCUUCAGAUUCAGAUACAGAGGACUGUCCUCUGUGAAGGAGGACACAUAGUCAGUGUAGCCUGUAAGGCUAUUUUAUGCUCCCAAAAUGUUGCUGCUUUUCAAAUUGGUAUACUGUAAAGUAUCUGUAUAAAUGUAUUUAUUGCAUACCAGAGCAGUUCAAGAAGCCAGAAGGCAAAACUUUAUCUCUGUUAUAUUAUUCACUGUAAUAAUAUGUUCUAUUUCAUUUGUCUCCCAACUGCACUUGAAGAAGCUGAGGAUAACAUACACACAGCCAUGCCCGCCCCCCGUUCUGAACCUCCAAAUUUUGCAACAACCCUGGUGCUUGUCAAAAAGAGAGUGACGAAAAUUGGGAGGGUAUUGAGACAAGGUCCUGUAAGGAAAGGGUAAAGCAGUUUAGAAAAACAAUAAUAAUUAUAUUUGUAUACUGCCCUUCAUCCAAAGAUCAGAGGGCAGUUCACAACAUCAAAAUACAAAACAAGAACACAAUAAAAUGUUCAGCCUGUAGAAGAUAUUAUGAAGAGGUAGUCUGACAGCCUUCUUAAGAUAUUGGAAAGCUGUCAAACAGAUCACAGAGCAAAGGAUGUGGAUGAACCUCUUGACCACACAAGUUGUUUGAUAGUUGAAUAGAUGGCUUGCAAUGUGGCAGACUUUCUAUUACAAGAUUUUACACAGAGGCUGGGUGGUCGGUCACCUAUCAGGGAUGCUGUAGCAGUGACUUUCCUGCACCAGCAGGGGCUUGGACUGGAUGACCUUUGACACCCCUUCCGAUGCAUAUUUUUGGCAUAGAGUAUGGUCCAUGGUCAUCAGGGAGCUUCCUGGCUUAAUGGGGAGCUGACCUAUGCCCACCUGGUCCUAGCUUGUCACACUAACUGCACUAACUGCUACACCAUACAUACAAUAUUCUGUAUAAAAUACUUCUUAACUACAACUACCACAUUGUAGAACUGCAUAGACAGCCUGCAUAUAUGAUUGUUACAUGCUCUUGAUCUCUUAGGUAAAACCACAAAUGUCACACCAGCUCAGUGACCGCUUUCACUGCCUACCCCUCAUGCUUAUGUGAAUCAUUUUGUGGUUCAGACACCAUAAAAGGGGGCAAAGGGAGAAACCCUAUUAUCUUCCAACUUACAGAUGUCUCUGUAGGGCACAUGGAGGUAAUACCUAGGUUAUUUCAAGCAAAUAGCUAGUUUUAUGCCUGCGUGAUAUAUGUGUGCGCGUGUAGAAGCUUGUGAGAGCAGAGACCUACCGUUUUGCUUAUGUUAUACUGUAAAGCAUUAGAUAGAUUAGAUUUUCUGACACCUUAAAAGUGCAACAGUUAGUGGCAUGUGAAAUGUCUCCCCUCUAUUGGCAGGUUGUGAACAUCCACAGGUACAUGUUUGUAAGCAGUGGUGCACCUGUUGGCAUUUCAUGGCCUCUUGGCCCCACUGUUUACAAUUACUUAGUUUGUUCAUAGCCAUGUGCCCGUGUGGCUAUAUUUUAUAUAUGCACCGUGUAAUCUUAUAAUUUAUACAAUGAACUGGAUUCUGGUCUAUGAAAUUAGAGCUGAGCUUAUGUAGCCAAAAAGACACUGUUCAUGCAUGGGGGGUGUGGGUGUGUGCGCGCAUGACAGCUGACUAGGGGUAAACCCCAGACCCAUCCAGGAGAGUCUAUGUUUCAUAUUUGGUGGGGUGAUGGAAGGAGCAUAUCACAUGGCAAUGUUUUGUUGCAGGUGCCGUUUGUGCUGCAAUUACAGGUAACUCGCAAUUUAAGUGCAUUUCACUUUAAGCACUUGGCAUAUACACACACACACACACAUAUACCCACAUAUACAGGGGGGGAAACUUUGGCAAUCCCACCUGCCAUUGCGCCCAGUGUGUUUUGACUAUACACGAUUUUGGCUUUACUCGUUUUCCGCGGAUUGUAACCCUGGCAUAAAUUGAGAGUAUAUUGUUAAUCCAAAGCCACUUUUUUUGCAACAAAUUAACAUGGUUUCAUUUCUGGAUACCUUUACGUUUGAUGAGUGUGUGAGCAGGAAUUUAUAUAUUGUUGUUUGCUACUAGUGGAAUCUACCCAGUGCCCCCGAGUCUAAUAUUAUUAAAACCAAGGAAACUCCUGGUUUCAUGUCUCACCGCAGCCCUCCAAUCAAUUCAGUUCAUCAGUCUCACUUUCAGUAGUCAGGGGAAUAACCAUACCAACCUGCCUUAUGGGAAGGCUAAGAAUGAUGAAUAUGUGAAGGGCUGGGGGAGUUAUAUUGGAAUUUAUUUAGUGCCAGAGGGGCUGUGACAUUCACAGCUUGCUGCAUAGGUUGCACAUGCAUGAGCAGUUGUGCGAUGUGGGUAGGUUGGUGUGAAAUCUAUUCUGGACUUUCUUAUAGUAAGUUUAAAUGUUUUGUUUUUCACGGAUGAAUGUGUAAUUGUACUUUAGGAGUAGAAUGAGCUCCAGUACUCUGCUUGUGGUUGGGAAAGUUUGGCUUUGGGUUCGAGGAAUUUCAGCCCUGCCGAAUGAGUCGGCAGAUUAACUCCUUUUAGGGACUCUGGAUAUGAGGUGCCUCUGAGUCAUUGUGCUCUUUACACUUUCAGUGGUAGCAUGCAUGCAUCCUGGCCAGCUAACUUCAAAUGAGUCCAUUCAGCAAAAUCUAAUCUCCAUGCAUCUUGAUGGCAUGCACAGCAGGCUUUGGUAGUUUGUGGGAAGCAUGCAACAGACACCGAUGGAGGGAAGUCGCUUGAACUGGGUUCUGCAGCAGUGGAACCUAUUGCAAAAGAAAAGGGAGUUUCGCUUUCCACAAAUCAUUUAAUCUCUGCAAUCUGUGAACUACUGUGGACUGCUUUAAUUGGUCGUACCUUCUUAUGACAGCUCAUAGUUGAAAUUUUCAACUAGGGAGUGUAUCUUAAUCAUCUGUUCUCACAGGGCCACCAGGGAGACUUCCAAAAAUCUCAUGGGAUUCAAAUCAAAAGAAUUCAGUGAAUACUGGCACAGUGAGGGCCAAUAUAACUUGCCCACUGGUUAAUAUUGGUGCAGUAUACUGCUUCCUUACUGGUUAGACAAUGGAUGGGCACUUAGUGACCUGAGAACUCCUUGCAGGCCCCUCUGCUGAUUUCUCCCAAGCCAAGACACAGGCUCAUGGCUCUCCACUCUCCAGUGUGAGCAUAGCCUUUGCCAGAGUUUUUGCCUCUUGUGUACUUUCGCUUAUGCACCCUGAUAGAUUAACAUGUAUAACGGGAGAAUGAAACCAAAGCAUCUGUUGCUGCUCUUGUGGGAGAUAAGGGGAUUAAAGAGCCCUUCCCCCGGGUCUUGCUCCUACAGGAAAGCAUCUCUAUGGAAAGUAAACAUGGCUGGCAUUGUAACUUUUGGUCAGGUCAGCUUAUGAUCCCCAUUACAGUUCUGAGAGGGGACUAGCUAGAAAAGCAACCAUUAUUUGUCAUGUAUAGACAUGAUUAAGCAUAGAGUUGUUUUAGGUCCACUAAAGGACUUGCAGAAACCCAGCAGGCUUCAACCUUUUUUUGGAAUAACAGCUCUCCAGGCUUUUCAAAGUCUCAAAGUUUCAAAAAUGGUCAGCCUAAAAAAUGGAGCUGCUGUUUGAGAAUCAUAAUAAGAUAUGUGGAGUAGGGCUUUGUGUAUUUUACAACCUGGUGACGCUUGUCCAGAAUACAGGCCAGAGUAUCUCGUAUGAGAGGGAGGAUAGACUGCCGUGGGGGGGGGGGGAUGCUCUUUUUUAAAAAAAAGUUAGGAAAGAAGUAGAUGUUUGGGGAGGGAGAACUUUCUGUGAAUUCCACCAUCUUUCAUUUAGACCAGUUAUAAGGACCUGCCAGAUGUUUUGGGACAACUCUUGUUGUCUAUUACCAUGGGCAGUGCUGGCUGGGACUGAUGAGAGUUGCCUUCCUGAUGUUUGUGGACAUCCACAGGUUUUCUGUCUCUGCUUUAGAUAAUAGAGUGUCCAAUAAGUCUGGCACUCUGUUUUGACUAGAAACUUGGCUGUGCGCUAAGAAAGAUGGUGGGGAAAUGGAAAGCAACCUCUGGGUUGAGAGCAUUCCCCUGACAAGAGACCAAAGUCUGUUGUGAAGAGCACAGGCACAUUUUGCACCUGGCUAUCGGCCACUUUCAGCCAGAUGCCAGGAUGGUGCCUGACAUCUCCACCAUGUGGAGGUGCACGCCUGGGGAUCAUUUGAUCUUGACUGUUUUCACACACUAGCAACACAUCUGUAGAAUUCUAUCCAUUACAUCUUAUCUGCACAAUCAGAAUGAAUUUCAGGAACCAAAAAGUCGUACAGCGAUUCCUUCAGUUAAGAAAUUAAUUCGUUAUGGAGGUCCCUUCUUAACCUGAAACUGUUCUUAACCUGAGGUACCACUUUAGCUAAUGGGGCAUCCUGCUGCCGCAGCGACGCUGACACACGAUUUCUGUUCUCAUCCUGAAGCAAAGUUCUUAACCCGAGGUACUAUUUCUGGGUUAGUGGAGUCUGUAACCUGAAGCGUCUGUAACCCGAGGUACCACUGUAUUGAAAAAUAUAACUUUCAAGCCAUUCGGCCCAAAAAUGGCAACCAGGCAUUCUGUUUUGACAACUGUGACCUUGGUUUAAGGCGCUGUUCGGCGCCUAGCUUAUAUAUCUGAGUUUCUAACACUGGAAGAGGGAUGGGAAGGGUUUCUAAAGGCACCCAUUGGAUUAUCUUGGCAAGCCAAGCGUCUUUCAACUUCAGCCCCAUCACCUAUAAAAUGGUGCUACACAUGCUUUACUUUACAUGUAAGCAGAACCCUGCAGGAUCACACUAGGCAUCUGUUUAGGCCAGAAUCAUGCUUCCCGUGGCAUUCAUUUGGAUGUACCUCAAGAGCUCACAAGCAGCACUCAAAGGCAGCAGCCGUCUCCCACUGUUGCCCCUAGCAACUGACAUUCGGGGCACGCUGCCUCUGAACAUGGAGGAUCGAAAUAACCACUGAUAGUUGUUGAUUGACGUAUCCUCCGCGAAUGACCAAGGUAACUGCGUGAAGCACUUUAAGCACAUGCACAAAAAAGCACAACCUGUGCUAACAAUGCCAAUUCGUUAGACGCUAGAGGAACUCCCCCUUCCCAGUUGUAGAACUGAGAUGCUUCCAAACACAAAAUCACUUCAAGCAAUCGUUUCAAGCAAUCCAAAACUUUCUCCUUCCUGUUUUCCAAAGCUGUUCCUCUUCUUUCAAAACUAAGCAAGGGGGAAACUAUCUUAGGGGGAACGUCCUAAGAAAAGAGACCUUUGCAAAUCAGGAAUUAGCUAAGCAAGCAAAAAUCCUUAUGCCAAGGGCAGGCCGUAGAGGACCUCUGUUAUUUGGCUGCCUCUCACACACACGAUUCUGCUUCCCUUCAAUCUCCUUGCUGGCUUCUUUUUUUAAAAAAAGGUUCUUGGAAGUAGAUAAAGAAGCAGAAAAUAGAGUAUUCCGUCCUCUUAAGGUGGAAAGUUGUGCCUCUUUUUGUGGAUGGAAUUCUGAGGCCCUCUUGUUUUGACAGUGCAGCCCUGCUUAAACCACUAGCCCAGUCUGUCUGAUGUGGUUUAGUAUUUAAUUCAUUUACCUUGCUUGCCCCUGCACCGGCAAAACCCGCAACUUGCUGGCCUGCUUGCUGUGUUUUCUUCCUUCCGUGUACAAGCUGUAAUGCAGCGAAGCCUUCCUUCUUGCAGUCACUUCCUAAACAUGAUGGACACCCGUGUUACCCAAUAGCAGUGCACAGUAUCAGCAGAGCCGUAGGCAAGGGAUAAUUAACCCUAUUUUGUACCUACAGAGAGACCAAAUGAGCAAGUGGAAAAAGGGGAUUGCUGAAAUCUGGACUUUGUCACAGAUAAAAUUGUUUUGGAACGGAUUGCAUCAGAAAAGCAAAGAGCUGAGCUGGGCUUUGUGAAAUGGUUUAGUGGCUUCAGAUCAUUAACUGAGAAAGGGUCUUGGCAGCAGCGGUAUUUCAUAAGAGCAACGGUUCUAGAGAUUGCAUUAUUUUCAGUUUUGCAGCCUUGGCUGUAUUGAGAGUUUCAUGGUGGUGGAAGAAACCACAGCUGCCCCCUCCACUUUAUGGAAGCGAUAAAAGAUUAAGGGCUAGGAAACUGCAUUAUUAAUGCUGUGUGGCAGCACAUGCUGAUGAUAUUUGCAGCAUCUUUAAAUGAACUCUUAGUGUGUUGUAUUUCAUGCUAGUGAGAUUUGCAGUAGUGAUAACUUGUCUUGUGCCGCCUGAACUCACUCUCCAGUUCUGGUUGAGCGGUGAGUCUGCAAGGUGCUGACCAUCAAACCUGGAGUAGCAGUUGUUCAGCGUCUGGAGAGCUCCUGGGGAAAGCAUCUAUCUAUGUUAAGUGAGGUUGCAAAGGCUUUAAAGCAGCAGUGCUCUGGGUUGGAGCUGCAUAUGGUGGCCCCAGUAUUCCCUCUGCCUUUUCCAUUGGGGACCCCCAAGAGAGCAAGGUGGUGGGUGAACUGAUUCAGACUCAUCAGCUGAAAAGCCUGGUCUAUACUUCUUGGAAGUCUGAUUGACAAACUUCAGAAAGGUUCCCUUAGACCAGGGGUCGGCAAAGUUUUUGCGGCUUGGGCCGGUUCACGGUCCCGCAGACGCUGUGGUGGGCCAGAGAGUGUGCAUACAUGUGCGCACCUGUGCAAACACUCCUUCUGGCAUGUAGGAGGCAUACACAGCUUCCCAUUGGCUGCAGGAGCUUCCUGCAGCCAAUGGGAAGCCGCCCAGCAUCGCAGAAGGCGGUCCCCGCUCCGGGCCGGUUUAGCUUGACGCAUGGGAGUCAACCAAGCAGGUGGUGGGGGUCCCCGAGCGGGCAGUGGGGGUCCAUGGGCCGGUUAAAUGACCCCCAUGGGCCUUAGGCCUUAGACCCUUUUCCCACUGGAUUCUCUUUUCACAUCUGAUCAUCUACCAAGGAGCCAAACAAUGGUAUAGCAUAUUCUGGGGAUGUCACAGUGUUCUGAAAGCUUGACUUACAUGGACUUGCGUUUGGUCCCAACCCCUACCCUGUAUGAGCAGCGGGCACUCUUUCAUAACACACCACACUUGAUGCUCCCCUGCCAUUGAGCAUUGCAGGAAAAGAUGUGUUGCAGUGAGCAUAAUGCUCGUUCAGGAAAUCAGUCCACCAUUAUUGAUCUCACUGAGGUAUCCCUAACAAGCUUCUGAGGAACCCCAGGGUUCUCUAGAAUACACUAAGUGCCAAUACUUAAGUGUUGAGUUUUAGGAGCAUGAUUCUUGCUUUGAGUGUGCAAGGACCUGGGCUUCAAAUUUGGAGACGCCUAUGCAAAACAGGUGAAUGAGGGCUGCAACCUUUUUGAAAUAGCAGAACAUGUGCUUUGAAUGCAAAAGGUCCCUGAUUAAUGGCAUCUCCCAUUAAAAGGACCUCUAGUAGCAGAUGAUGGGAAAUACCUAUGCUGGAGGUCCUGGAGGGCCACUUUCAGUUGGAGUAGACCAGCCUUCCUCAAUCUGGCUCCCUCCAGAUAUUUUGAUCUACCUGCUCCAGCCAAUAAGCUGGAUGAUGGGACCUGUAGUCCAAAAUAACUAAAGUGCACCUGCUUUGCAAAGGUUGGUGUGGAUAAUAGUGGGCUUGACGAAUCAAUGGCCUGACCUGGUCUAAGGCAGCUUCAUAUAUUCAGGUGGAUUACACUGCCAUUAUCCCUGUCCAUUGAUAGGUCAUAGAUCUUUGCCAAUCUGUGUUGUCCAAAGCACAGACAUGCCUCUCCCUCUGCAUUUAUUUCCUUUGUAACCAAAGACUAUCUGCAGCAUCUGCUUCCCAGACCACGGAAGACUCUCUGAUCCCCAUCCAGCCUUCUUCUAGAGAGCCAUGGUUUGGCAGAAGCCCCUCUCAGCUUGGUGGCUCCUGCCCAUUUUUCGCUGCUGGUUCUGAUCACUAGGGAAACAGGAACCUGGCCAGCUGGGUGAAUUCUCCCUGCUAUGUAAACACUGUGACUCACCUGUUUCCCUUUUUUUCUCCUUCCCACCACCACCACCAGUUCAAGGCAAAUGUUUUGCAUAUGCUCACCGUCUGUAUGAUUCUCAUAACUGCCCAUGUCCACCCUUGCUAUGUUGUAGUGGGUAACGGGCUGACCGUGUAUGAGUGAGGAUUGAUGGAGCAGGAGAAAAAAAUUGUGAAGGAUAGAGUGGAAGCAUCUCCCUGCAAGCAACGCUCCAUGCUUAAUGUUUACUGGCCCCUGUGAUUCCUUUUGUUGGACUUUGGUUACUGUGUUCAUUUAAAGAAAAAUACUGAAGUUUGGGAUAUUUUAUUAAAAGUAAAAUAAAAAAACACUAGGGAUAACUAUCUUAUGUUUCCAUAGAAGCAUAGCAAUGUAGAUAAAAGAAAGAAUAAUGACUAAAUCAUGAUCUUUUGUCUACACGGAAGUAAGUCCCAUUGUCUUCAGCGGGACUUACUUCCAGGUAAGUGUGUAAAAGAUUGCAACCUAAGCAGAAUAUUAGUUAAACGCAGUGGGUCUAUUUGUUUCAGUUGAGGGCUUAGGUCUGAAGGUGGCAAGAGAUCAAUACUUUUUUGUGGGGUGGGGGAGGCAGGUAUAGUUCUGCAUUUAAGGACAAAGUGGAGAUUGAUGACAAAGAGCCAUUGUGGUGUAGUAGUUAGAGUGCUGGACUAUGACUUGGGAGACCAGGGUUCAAACCCCCACUUGAUCAUGAAGAUCUCUGGGUAACUUUGGGCCAGUCACACUCUCUCAGACUAAUCUGCCUCACAGGGUUGUUGUGAGGAUAAAAAUGGAAGAGGGGAAUAAGUGCUUGUGCUACUUUGAGCUCUUUGGGGAAAAUGUGGGAUAUAAAUGUAAUAAUAAAUGAAAAUAAAUACUUAAAUAAAAAUAUACUACAAUACAGAAAUACAUUUGUAUUAAUGAAGUAAGGUUUCCUCCCUUGAAGAUUCAGUGGGAGAAAAAAAUGGAAGAAAUGCUUAGCAUUUGUCAGCUCAUAUUGACCAACACAGCGAACCACCAUCAUCUGUCAAACGCCAUUCAUCCAAUCUCUUUAUGUGAUGCCAGAUUAUGAAUGGUCUAUCACCCUCAACGUGUAACAUUUUUUUACCCAGGCAAUCCAAAAUCUGAACCCAGAGAAGCUGAAUUUGUCAACCUUACAACAGUGAGGGAAGUUUGUGCUCCUUAUCUUGUUGAGCAUGCUGUACUCUUGCCACAGGAGAGUGAUAUUUGGCACUGCUGGGCAACCUGAUUUAGUUUCCUGAAAAUGGCAGUGAUGUGGUCACUGUUGUGGGGUGGGAAAUUUUCCCGUGUGUUAUUUUCAGGCGGGGGCAGAGAAUCCAUUUUAGCAAAUGGAUGUCAAUUGUAAAUACAAUUAUUAGCCGAACUUUGCAGCUUGAAAGCUUUAACUUACAAGGGAUAAGGUGGUCUCUGAAGUAACUGGGUUUCUGAGCUGUAUAGAGAAUUCUAUCUUAGUAGGAACAUCUCCAAUUUAGCCCAGUAGCCAGAUUGGCGGCCAGGAUGUGUCUGCAUCCUGGCAGCUUCGCUGUGGGGUGCCACAAGGUGCUAUUUUAACAUCUGUAUGAAGCCAUUUGGAAUAAUCAUCAGGAUGUUUCUCUGUUACCUCUGAGUCAGGAGAGGCUGUGCAGAAGCUGAACCAGUCCUUGGAUGUAUGAGGACCAAUAGGCUGAAUAGGGACUCUGUUGGUGAAUGCUUGCCACUUUUGAAAAUUGAGGAGUUUACCUGUUCUAAUUGAUGUUGUAACUGUUAUGCCAUUCAAUGGGCUUGUUCAUUACACAUUUUAAUUAUGCAUUUUUAAUGUUGUCGAUGAAAUUUUAUACUGUGUAUUUUGAUUAUGGGUAGCUAUAUUUUUAUAAUGUGUAUUGUACUUGUUUCUUUGCUGUUGACUUUUACUUGUGACUUUGCUGUUGGCUUUUACUUGUUUGCAAACUGCCUUGAUUUUUCUUCUCAAAAUGAAAGACGGUAUAUACAUUAUUUUGAUAAUAAUAUUUUAAUAAAUUUCUCUGGCUGCUUCCUGGUGUCAGAUUAAAAAAAAAAAAAAGUUGGCCACCCUAGGCAGAAUCUUGGGAACCUGUUUUAAGUAUGGAUUGAUAGAACGGGGGAGCAUUUUCCUGUUUAAGCCUAAGGAACACCAGAAGCUGAGACGAGCCAAUGUGGUGUAAUUGUUAGAAUGUUGGACUAUGACCUGGGAGAGCAGGGUUUGAAUCCCCACUAAGCCAUGAAGCUCACUGGGUGACCUUGGGCCAAUCACCAUCUUUUUACCCUAACCUACUUCACAGGGUUGUUGUGAGGAUGAAAUGGGGGGGAGGAGGACCAUGUGCACCACCUUGAGAUCCUUGGAAUAUAAAGGUGAUGUAUAAAUGUAAUAAACACAAUAAAAUAAAUAAAUGAAGGCAGCCUGAACGAGUUUUUUCAUCCUUUCUCACAGGCGAGGGAAUGUACCUUGGCAAUCUUGAGUGAGUUACCCGUGCAGGCUGAGUCAAUAAUUGUACUGGAGAUGAGAAUAGUUGGCGUUCGUGGCUCCAGCAGCUUCAUUCAGACCACACAUGCAGGUUGACUUGUUGAUAAAAAGCUGGCUUCCGCUAAGAGAGAGAACUGGAUGGCCAAAAUGAUUUAUUGGUGCUUAUAAGCAGCACCAGCUUUUCAUGUGCUGGAAUGAGCCUCUGAAGCACCACGGCACAUUUUAAUUUUUUCAGCCUCCUUCCUGCCCAGCUGCCCUGGCGUUAUCCAGCAUUAUCUCAUUUAUUUACUAUAUUUCUUAUCCCACUUUUUAGAUAAUUGCUGUCUCCCAAAGUGGCUAGACUAAAAGAGCAGGAGGCACCAAGGAAAGGGACUGGAGGGGGAGGAGCUUUUCAAAGUGAGCUCUUGGAGAGCACUUACAUCUACCUGGGGCCAGGUUGUUCUUCCUUUGUUGGUGGUGUUGCCCGAAUAGCAAUGGGUGGCUCUUGGUCCUUCAGCCAGUGUGGUGUAGUGGUUAAGAGCGGUAGUCUCGUAAUCUGGGGAACCGGGUUCGCGUCUCCGCUCCUCCACAUGCAGCUGCUGGGUGACCUUGGGCCAGUCACACUUCUCUGAAGUCUCUCAGCCCCACUCACCUCACAGAGUGUUUGUUGUGGGGGAGGAAGGGAAAGGAGAUGGUUAGCCGCUUUGAGACUCCUUAAAGGGAGUGAAAGGCGGGAUAUCAAAUCCAAACUACUCUUCUUCUUCAGCCAGUGGAGGGGACCAGACUCUAGAGUGUCCCUUGCUUGCUUCUGCGUUCCCUGGGGCUGGAACGGCAUGUCUACUCAGGCAGGGUGGGGCCAGGUUGGUCUCCUCAUUGCCUUAAUAUUCUUCCUGGGAGGAAGCCACCCAGUGGCCCUGGGUUCUCUGGCCUGAUAGCAGAAGUCGGAGUUGUGCUUAUCUUCUGCUCUCCCGUCCCAAAGCACCAGAAGCAUUUCUGCAAUACUGCUUGCCUGCAGCUUUAAAAAUAAUAAUAAAUUACCCACUGCAGGUAACUAUUUCAGCAUGUUUUGCUUUUUCUGGUGUGCUUUAGUGACCAUUCUAUUUUCCUCAAACAUGUCUGUCAAUAUGGUGGCCAGGAGCAGGUCCCUGGUUGUUGAGAGUAGCAGAGAGAAGUGCACAGUUCUCUCUCUCUCUUUUUACAUCCCUGAUGACGGCUUUUGAUCAGGUUGAGGAGCAAGACAGUGGGGUUAGGGGAAGUAUCCUGGAUGUUUCCAGGCUUGCAAUGCUGUAUUUGUUUUGACCAUUUACUUUUGACAGCAGUUAUAAAUCUCAUGGCAUGCUGUCACGUUUGGUUGACUCCUCUUGGUUUUCAUGGCCAAUCAUGACUGUAAUGACUUGCAAUAGUUACACUUGCUAAGUGGAAAUUCGUAGCAUUGAGCAUGGAUGUGGGAGAGCCGGGUUCAAAUUUCCACACAGCCACUAAGUGUCCUGAAUUGUCUGUGAUAAGUUGCUGUCUCUUGGCUUAGCUUCAUAGAGGAUGUUCUGAAAACAUAAUGAGCAAUGUAGAAUAAUGUCACAUAUUAAGGACUAUCAGAAUUAAUAACAGUUUACUGUUGUGCUCUUGGUGGUCAGUGAUGAUCAUUAGAUGUUUCCUUAGUAGGUACUAAUGGCUGGAAGCCAGUGUUUGGGGGCUACAGCUAGUCAGGAUUUUCCAUAGUGUGGAUGACAGUGUGGGGAAAUGAAAAUGAGCAAUUUGGAGAGAUUUAGUAUAAUGCAAUUGAGAGAGAGAGGUCUGAGAUUCCCAUCUUCCCCAGAAGUUAAUAAAAUUAGAUAGCUAGAUAGAUAGAUAGAUAGAUAGACAGACAGAUAGAAGUUUUUCUCCUGUUCUCAUAACAGUAGAAAUCAUAGACAUCCAGUGAAGCUGAAUGUUGGAAGAUUUGGGACAAUUUUAAGUCUUUCAGCCAGCACAUUGUUAAAACUAUAAAACUCACUCCUGCAGGAAACAGUGAGGGCCACCAACUUAGAUGGCUUCAAAUUCGUGGGAAAGGUUAUCAAUGGCUGCUCUCCAUGGUGACUCUGUUCUGCCUCCUCAGUCAGAGGCAGCAGUGCUUUGCAAUACCAGUUGCUGGAACCUGCAGGAGGGGAGCCGGCUCUUGUGGUUGUGGCUCUGCUGAGGGUUUCCCAAAGGCAUCAGUUUGGCCACUGUGAGAUGCUGGACUAGCUAGGCCAUUGGCCUGAUUCAUCAGGCUCUUCUUAGGUUCUUAUUUCCGCCCUGUAGAGAUGCAACCAAAGUGCUGCACAUCCCUGCUGCUGCCUCAUGCAAUCCAUCCAUCCAUGCAUUCAUACAUGCCAAAUAUGAGAUUCUGGUGCAGCAGCAAAAGCAGGAGACAUAAAGAUGCAGCAGGUGACCUGAAGGCGGGAGGAAGUCGAAGGGCGUUCUCAAAAAUAGCAGCUGGUUGGGUGGGCAGAUGGAAGAGCAGCAACUCUCAGCCUUUGGACUUUCCCAGUCCUGCGCCUUCCUCCCAUCUCUGAGCAUGCUUCGGGUUAGCCUUCCCAUCAGCUGGCAGAAGGGAGGGGAGAAGUGCUUUGAAUAUUUCCAGGUCCAGGAUCAAAAGCCUUUUUGUGUCUGCUAGUGGGAUGUGGCCUUCUCUCCCUCCCUCCCUCUCACUUUUUUUUUCUGCUUCCCUUUUCUGGUAGAGCCCUGCCAAGUACAGGAAGACUCCAGUGUAUGCCUCUCCUUAUAGGGGUUGGGGUGGGGAGGCAGGGAGGAGGAGGAGGAAGUGUUUCUGGUUCUGUGGGAAUGUGAGCUUUCUCCCACUCUGUAAACAGCUGGUGACUCAUUGCAUAGCUAUGGCACCAAAGGGAUGCAUGGCCUAAGGCAUGCUGUGUGUGUGUAUGUGUACAUACACAGGGAAGGGAACUGAGCUUGUUUUGUUCCCGCCACAUCCCCGCUCUGCUUCCUUGACUUUCUCUCCGAAAACCUUUGGCGGGAGGAGAGAGAGAGACCCUGCGGAGUUCCUGCCUUCAUGCCCCUCCUGCCUGCACAACCUGCCUUCCACACGGGAGGUGCCCGGGGCAGCAGCAAGGAGGCUUCCAUGGUGCACGGCAAAGUCCAAACAUGAGGGCGGGAGAGGAGAGCUGCACAGAAAUGAGCAAGGGCUUGGGAAGGGCUCUGCAAAUCCAAGGUAACGCUGCUGGGCUCCUUUCCAGCUCUCUGCAAAGCUCUCUACCGCCUCGCCCCACCUUUUCUCAUUUCCUGUUAUGUGGCUUGCCUGUGAUUUUCGCUCCUCUGGCUUUUAACCGCUCUCAGCUGCCCUCCAAAGCCUCCUGCUUUUCUCUCCCAGAGAUCCUGAGGCCUAGAACCCCCUUGCAGCCUCCCUGUGUGGGGGAUCCUCCGAUUCUCUUGCUCUUCAGUACCCACGUUUGUUAGGCAGUCCUUGCCUUUGCCCCCUGCUUCUCAUCCCAAGAAGAAAUGGAUUCUAGGUACCUUGGCAGCCCUGGCUCACAUCAAGCUUAGGACACUGCUACUGCACUCGGUGCUUGAGUUAUAUUGAUGCUGCUGUAGAAAUAACAGUUCCCUCCACUUCCUAAAAUAUAUCCCACAAUUCCUCAGCCUGUUGAGUCCUUCCCUUUUCUUGCAUCUUCUUCAUUCUGUCCUCAUUUGCCUCCCACACCUUGGCUACCUUAGUAAUGGAUCUGUAUCGCCUACUAGUUUUGUCAGUUCUGUUCGUCUUUCCAGUUCCUACAGGGAUUGGCAAAUACAGUCACAUUCAGUGUAUCAGCACAGAGUUGACCAGCGGCGCAGAAGAGCCUCUGUAAGCACCUACAGACUUUCAGAGUUUUAAAAUAUUUGGGCUGCAUUCUCACACUGCUACCCAGGAUUACUGGGAGCUGUGCUUGAUUUCUAACAGGUGUCCAGACUCUCAAACGAUGCCUCCCUGUUUUAACCGCAAGGUGUGGUUGCUUAGCAGUGAGGGGAAGGCACUCUGUAUCUACUCAGAGGUACUUUUCUUUAUUGUAUUACACCAGCGACUUCCAAACUUUUCCAUGUAUGGACUACUUGGAAAUUGCUGAGGGUUUUGGUGGACCACUUAAUGAUUUUUCUGACUGCUGUAGUAAUUGUAAUGCGCUGUGCUACAUGAUGUGCGAUUUUAAAUGCAUUUUUGCAGAAAUGCAGUGGAUCAGCUGAAUAACGCUUACGGAUCACUGGUGGUCAGUGGACCAUUUUGGGAACUUCUGUAUCACACUAUUCCACAUCUGUUUCUUUAAAGAAGCAUGGCCGUAGUUCAGUGGGAGUUUCUGGAGGAGAGAGGCUAGGCCAUCGCUGAGCACCUGCUUUGCAUGUUCAGUUCCUGGCAUCUCCAGGCAGGGCUGGCAGAGACCCCUGCCUGAAACCCUGGAGAGCUGCUGCCAGUCAGGGCCAAGAGUGCAGAGCUAGACAGACACAGUGACCUGACUUGGUGCAAAUCAGCUAUGUCCCCAAGAAGUGCAGGGCCCCUGAAAGGGAAUGUUUUCAUUUUCACAGCAGCAAUCCCUUCUCUCGUUUUCAAUUUUGCGCGCAUGUCACGUGAAGCUGAACUGUGUUGAUCACCACAAGUGAAGGGAGAAGCAUUUGUGGCUGAGCCAGACCGGCUCCCACCCCCCAACCCGCCCCGCCCCUGCUCAAAUUCCUCCAUUCAGCCUGCUGGACUUCCCCCUUUCACUUUCUCUAGGGGGGCGGGAAAGAGUGUCCUGAAACCAAUUGAGUUUGUUGACUCUCCCUUUGUCCUCCCAGUGUCUUUGCACAGAGAUGACCCCAAGUCAUGAUUUGCUUUUGGGCUUCUCUUGUUUCCAUGGUUACCGUCUCGGGGUUGGCUACUUUCCCAAGGUCACCAUGGCAACUAUCGGAAGGGAAUCAUGCUUGGGAUGCUUUGGCUGAGUAUCCUUUUUUUAAAAAAAAUAAAUGAAUGAUUAGAACGUGUGACACGAUGUAGAGGUGGAUGGAGACAAGUUUUCCUUCUCCGGAAGGGAGCUUGUAGGGGAGAAGGGAGAACUCGGUCCAGACUGUCUUCUAAGGUUCCUUACGCCCGGUGCUGCAGCUUCUGAAAGCCGCCUGUGCUUGCUAGGCGCGACAGCCCUGAGCGCCCAGACCCUCCGCUCCCCCGGCCCAGGCUGGCAGGGGAGAAGGAAGCUGCUGUGAUGUCACAGCUGCAUUGCCCUCUCCCCCUUCUCCUACAGGCGCUCCAACUGUGUCAUCCAUCCGUGCUGCGCGAUGCAGGUGGAGGCUCUGCCGCUGAGGUCUAGACAGGCAGACUGCCUCUCCUGCGCUGAUUGAAGGGGUGUAGUUUGCAAAGUGUACCUGAGGUGAGAGUGAAGGGCAGCCGUCCUCAGGGCGAGUGGGGAGGAGGCGUCGCUGCUGGGUGCCACAUUUCCACACAGCGGGGAAGAUCAGAAGGGCACCCCCUCCCUCAGCCUUAGGGCGAGAGAACCCCACAAAGUGAGGAGAACGUUGCAUUUUUCUCUUUCUCUUUUGCAACCUGUUCCACCAUCCUUGUCUUGUCGUCUUGUGAUUUUUUUCCUGUGUGAUUUGUUUGUCUGCCUUGAGAUUUGGGAGGCUUACAGGUGGUGGUGGGCAGAGGUUUGUUCACUUUUCUACUUGCACUGUUGAAAUCUUUAGCAGGGUGGGGACUAAGGCCAGAGGUUAUCAUCCCUUAGCUCUUAGGUGACCUUCGUGUGAGGUGGUGGGGUGUCUUAAGUAAAAGUUUGUGUUUGUGUGUGUUGUUUUUUUAAUUGGGGGGAAAAACAUAUUCCCUGUUUCUGCUAUCUGCUAACCCUGAUUCUGUAAUUGUAAUAAAUUUGUGCAGAUUUCCAAGAUACUAUUGCAUGGUUUUUAAAAAACUGUACGGAGAAAAUAGCAAUCGGCUAGAGCUGUUGAGAUUGGGGAAGAAAAGGUUAGCUUUACGGAACAAACGGCACCCAGACAAACAGAUAAGGAACUGUUCCAAAUUUAGAAACCCCCUCACUUAAACCGUGGGGGGAGGAGAGAGAGAAUCAGAUUGGCAUCAUGAAAUGCUGGAAUCCAGGAUAAGCAAAUUGAUAAAAAUUGGGUCUAAAGUCUUUGUAGGCCUGUGGACACAGUGAUGUGGGAGAUGGAGGAGCUCUUCCCUACCUCAGUAACUUGGUAAUUACAUGAAAAUCCUGGACAGAAAUGAUGUCUAUCUCGGGCUGCUUUCUCAUCUUCUCCCAUCUUGCCACUCUGAUUUCUUUCUGAGCGUGGAUUAAGCCGCUGUUGUGUUCGGUCCUAUCAGGUGUUCUGGUUUGUUAUUCCACAAUCCUUCCCUAGCCUAAUAGCCAAAAACAUCACCCCAGAUUUUGUUUGGGUUCCAUGCCUUCAGGCGCAAAGCACCUUAGUGGCAGAGCGCAUCUUUUUCAGGCAGGAAGAGGAACUCAGAUCCAACCCUGGCACUGUACCUAAAAUGAUUUGUGGUUGCAAGACUAGUAAAGGUGGGAGCAUUGGAGAGCUGCUGCCCAUUAGGACAGACAACACCAGGCUAUGUGCACCAGUGGCCCUGAGUCUGUAUAAAGUGGUUUUCUAAUAGGGAAGGGUCAUAGCUCAGCUAUGAAGCGCUUGCGAAAGGUCCCAGGUCCAGUCCCCAGCAUCUCCAGAUAAGGCAAAGAGUGUCUCCUGUCUGGAACUCUGGACAGCUGCUGCCUGUCAGUGUAGACAAUACUGAGCUAGACAGAAGGUAGCUUCCUAUGUUCCUAUAUAUGUACAAUCUGAGAUAUUGAUACUUUCUUUGUCUAGUGAAUGCUGGCAACUAGCUGUGUGUUGGGCUCUCAUGCCUAACAUGAACACACAGAGAAUGCCUAUUCAACAAGGAAGGUCCAGUGUUACAUACCCAGGGGUUUGUAUGCAAGUUCUUAGACACACAUACAGGGUGAGUCUUUUAAAAGAGGCCCCAUGGAACAUGUGUACUCUGUAUCCACGGGGCCCCUAUUAAAGGACUCACCCUGUAUAAUCAGUGCUGCUUCUUUCUUUAAAUGAGCUCUGGUUGCAUGUCUGUGAUGUCUAAUAGGAUCACUGAGAAUGGGGAAUCCCUGUCUUUGCCUGUAAUAACAUAGGUGAGACUGAAAUCAUAGACCUGUUUAUCUCAUUUAUUUAAAUAAUUUGUAUCCUGCUUUUCAAUUGAGGAAAAGUUCCCUAGCGUGACUUACAGAUUGCAUUCCUGAGGGCAGGGAUUGGUUUUAAUAUUUUAGUUUAUUUUUUAGUAAUCUAAAAAGACACUUCACAUAAGGAAAAUGGAUUGGGAGGGAGGAGGAAAUCAGGGACAACUUGAGAGUUAGAAGUUCUAGUAGCUCCACUCAAUGCCCCAACUAGCAUAAAUGGCUACUGAUGGCCAGGGUAGGGCAUAAUGUUGCUUCAGUUCUCCCUCCCCACAUCCUGCGUCUUAUAUUGUAAAAAGGCUAGUUUUGUUAAUUUAUUCUCUUUAAGGCAGCAGUUUUCAUUUCAUGUUGGGGUUGUGGAGCACCAGAGGGAGGAAGUACAGAGUUCCAGGAGUGGUACAGAAGAAAGAGCUUCCCCAGCCCCAAACUGAUUGUCCCCUAACAGAAGGCAGUGCAGAUCAAUGAGACUAAGUCUGUGUUUGCUGUGGAAUGACGCAAGACUACAGUGGGUUUUAAACUUACAAGCGGGGGGCAUCAGAGAGAGAUUGAGCCUGUGCCAUCCCCAUCCCCGCUCAUUCUGGUGCUGAGAAAAGUGACAGGGAAGCCAGCCAUACUGAUAAACCACAACAGAUCAGGAGGUGCUUUCUGGCCUUUAAAGAUCCCCUGAAUGAAACUGAGCAACUAGGGGAUUCUGUUUUCACUGCUGAUUGUGUACUAGCACUUCUCUGAUACAGCAGGAUCUGAGCCUGACACAUCUACAAUGCUCAUCCACCCCAGCCCAAAUUGGGAAGCCCAGGAAAAGCACAGCAUUCUCCUAAUGAUGUUUCCCCACAAGUGGUUCUAGGAUGAGGUCUCGAAUAAGGUCUCCUUGAAUUUAUGCCUUUUCUAAUACCACUGUUGGAUAAUUGGCCCCCAUCUUUUGGUGGCACACAUCCAUCCACACAUACCUUAGGAGCCUGUAUAUCCGUAUGAUCUCUUGUGGGCUCAGUGGUUGGCAAGCUGGCUUACGUGGUUCCGGAAAUGAGCAGAAAGACAAGGGAAAGAGUUCAAAAAAUAAUGGAGGAGCAUUGCCUUAAAUAGAUUUGACAUAUAAAAGAUAUGUGACGUUCUCUGAAUCGAAAUGCAGCCAUAUGAAUGUGGUGGGGGAAAUGUCCCAUGUAAAAUGUCUUUUCUGGGUCUGUUUCCUUUCUCUAAACCUGUUGCCUCUCUCUCUCUCUCUCCCCUUUUUCUCUUCCCAUCUAGUUGCAAUUUCUGAGCAGUUCUGUCCAGGUGACCGUACCCAGGUUAUGACGACUAAUCCAAAACCAAACAAAACAUUAAAGGUAAGUAAAGUGGCAUAAAAUGGGGAAGUGGAACUUGCAACCCUGCAGGUGUUGCUGGACUCUAGCUAUCAUCAGCCCCAGCCAGAAUGGCAAAUGGUCAGGGAUGCUGGGAGUUGUAGUCCAGGAACAUCUGGAGGACUACAGGCUUCCCCCCCCCCCCCAUUCUGAUAUAAAGCAUAGAUGGCUUUCUAAGGAAAACUGAGACAAGUUCAUGGAACCUCCAUGGCCAGAGGCAGUAUACCUCUGUGUGCCAGAUGCUGCAGGUGCCCAGUAUCUUCACACCUUGCUUGUGAACUCCCACAGCAGCCUUCCUUUAACUUAGUGUCAUCCUUACAUUCCAGGUUUCAGCUUCCAUUCGGGUUGCAACUCCUGGGUUGCAACAGACCAUUGUCUGUGCUGGUUAGAGGAACUGUAAUCCAAAACAUCUGGAGAGCACUAGGUUGGGGAAGGCUGUUUCAGAGGCAUCUGGCUGGCAUUUGUUAAACAGAAUGCGGGACACAAGGCUUUUUUUUAAAAAAAAUAAAUGUGUGUGUUCUGCAUGAAAAUAGUUUUCAUGGUGGCGGAUCUCCUAAAUCACAAGCGGGGAAUCUGUAGACCUCUAGGUAUUGUUGGACUGCAACUUCCAGAGUCCCUGACCAUUGGCUAUUCUGGCUGGCACUGAUGUGAGCUAGACUCCAUCCUGUGGAGUGUCACAGGUUCCCUGUUCUAAAUUAUCACCUUCCCCAGUGGUAAUUCUUUAAAAUACAUUGUUCAGUGCCAAGUUCUUUUACUAGCAGAUAACGCAGUGAUACAGCUUUCCUUCAGAAGAGAGUUUUUCUUCAUCACUUUUAAAAGAGAAACUAAAGAUACCUAUGUCUAACUUGCUGGAGACGAGGACAAUAUUCUAUAUCCGGACCUGAGCUGAAGUGAAGUUUUACGCAGUUCAUGGACUCUUGCAGGAAAAUUCAUGCCACACACACAGGCUGGGGACCAUAGUGUGGUGGUAGGGUGCAUCUUUGCAAGGCACAAAUUUCCAUAUUCAGCCCCCAGCAUCUCUAGAUAAAAGGAUUUUGGUUAUUGGGCUGGAAAGCACGUCUACCUGAUGCCCAGUUGAUCUGCUGUCAACCAGCUCAGGCUAGAUGGACUCAUGGUCUGAUUCCGUGUUAAACAGCUUCACACGCUCAGGUCCUGUAACAGAUUUCCUGGAUGUCUUCAUAUGGCCAUGAAUUUCCGUGCAUAAUCAUCUGAGUCAUUUCCCUUUCCAUUCCUCGUGGAAGAGGGACAUGGGAAGCCCUUCUGAGGUACAACAUCCUGAGGUUGACGUGGCUUGUGGAGAGGAAGGAAGGAGCCACUCUGCUGCUUCCUGCCCUGCAGCUAGCAGGAUGUCCUCAUGCCGCUGUGGGAAGUGGGCAAAAAGCAAAGGCCCAUUGGCCCACUGGAAAAAUGCCAAAAUCCCUUAUGAGGGCAGCAUUCUUUUAUUAGUGGGACCUGGAGUGGCUGAACACUCAGCCCAUGAAACGCUGACGUUUCUUAAAAUAUAUCAACGUGGUCCUUUACACAGGAAAUCCAUUUUAUUUUUUUAAAAAUCCAUCAAAUUCACAAUACCUGGGUGGUUUUGGGGGGGUGGGGCAGCCCCCAGAAUAAGACUGAGCAUGGGAUCAUAGAAUCUUAGAAGUGGAAUCAUCUAGUCUAACUCAGCUAAAGCAUCCAUGACAGCUGGCCAUCCACCUCUGCUUAAAAAUCUCCAAGGAAGGAGAGUACACCUCUCAUGAGAGUCUGUUCCACUGUCAAACAGUUCUUGCUGUCAGAAAGUUUUUCUGUCAGUAAGUUUAGUUGGAAUCCCUUUUUUUGUAACUUGAAACCAUUGCUUCAAGUCCUACCCUCCAGAGCAGGAGAAAACAAGCAUACUCCCUCUUCCAUGUGAUAGCUCUUAAGAUGGCUAUCACAUAUCAUCUCAGCAUAGGUGAUAAAUGGGAUUUGGGGGGGCGUGGGGCGUGAUGGGUUCACUGCUGAGAAGACCCUGUCAUUUGUUGCUAAAGGAGUACCUAGAGAAGGGCUUUAGCAGAAUAUCAUAACCUAUGUGGGAAGACUCAGUUCAUAAGAUAUUUGGCUCCCAAGGCAUUUAGAGCUUUUAAAAGUUAACAUCAGCACUGUGAAUUGGGCCCAGAAGCAAACAGAUAGCCAAUAUUAAUUUAUUUACAUACUGCAGUUGAGCAUUUGACUGAUUUAAAUAGCUGUUCAACAGUGGGACGGACUCCCUCCGAAGGUGGUGAAGGUUUUUGAACAGGUUGGAUGACCACCUGUUAUGGAUUCUUUAGCUGUGUUUCUGCAUUGCAGGGGGUUAGACUAGAUGUCUUUUGGGGUCCCUUUCAACCCUAUAAUUCUGUGAGAGGAGGAAAGGAUUUGGUCAAUUAAGCAGAUCAAAUACAGGUCAGGUAUUUUUUAAAGCACUAACUUUAUCACAGCAGCAGAAAAAGAAAAGUUACUGCCACAUAUCUGAAUUAUAAAAAAUGAAUGAUACUGCUAUUUUUUGUGAAAAAAUGCUUUUUUUAAAAAAGUAGUACAUUACCAUAACUUUUAACCAUGUUGGUUCAGGUUUUUUAUAAAUGAUGAAUGAUUAUUGUGAAUAAUGCUUUGGACUCAGAGGGAAGAGUCAGGUGUAAAUGUUGACUUGGGUAGGAACUACUCUGCACCAAGUGCCACUCACUGGAUCAUCUGCAGAUUUCAAGUAGAAUUCUCCAUCUGAGUUCCUGCAGAUGAGGAAUUCUGAUGCAGAACUCUGAAACUGGGUAGUAGAGACUCACAAAGAAGUGGUCAGAGGCAGCCAAUUACUAUUCCAAUCAUUACACGUGAGGAAAACUGAGGCCAAGAGAUUAAGUGAUUAGCAUAAGGAAAGCAGUGACAGAGAAGGUUGCUUUUCUUACCAUUUUACUCGCUAUUUGGGGCCAGGGACUUUUGUUGAUUUACUGCAAAUAACCCAGAGAUCUACCACUAAAACCCAACAUGCCUCCUUCCUGCUCUAGUAUAUCUUCGCACGGGAAAAGGCAUUCCCAGAGAUACUUUGGACCCAAACAGUUUAGACUUAUAGAAGUCAAAGCCUGCACCUUGAUUUGAGCCCAGAACUGCUCUAGAAGCCAGUGCAGUUGCUGAACAAGUAUAAUACGGUUUUGUCAGCUCAUCUUGGUCAGAAGAGGGACAGCAGUAGUUGGAACUAAUUGGACAGCCUUCAAGAGCAGUUCCAGAUAUGAUAGCAAAUAAUCAGGAAGUUACCGAGGCGUACAGGAUAGCAAGGCUGAGCAAUGGUUAGACCUGGGAUAGCUCUUAACCUCAGGGUCGUGGGUUCAAGCCCCAUGUUGGGCAACAGAUUCCUCCACUGCAGGAGGGUUGAGCUAGAUGGCCCUUGUGGUCCCUUCCUGUUCUGUGAUUCUGUGAUCCAUACGUUGCCUUUGUGACAUUGGUGUCUGCAGGUCAAGGAGGAGUCGGGAGAGAACGCCCCGGUGCUCAGUGACGAUGAACUCGUGUCGAUGUCUGUGCGGGAGCUGAACCAGCACUUAAGAGGUCUCACAAAAGAGGAGGUCAUCCGCCUGAAGCAGCGGCGGCGCACGCUUAAGAACCGGGGCUACGCCGCCAGCUGCCGCAUCAAGCGUGUGACGCAGAAGGAGGAGCUGGAGAGGCAGCGGGUGGAGCUGCAGCAGGAGGUGGAGAAGCUCGCCCGGGAAAACAGCAGCAUGAAGCUAGAGCUGGACGCCCUGCGCUCCAAGUACGAGGCGCUGCAGACCUUUGCCCGCACCGUUGCCCGGGGGCCCAUCACUCCAACCAAAGUUGCCGCCACCAGUGUCAUCACCAUCGUGAAGUCGGCAGAAAUCUCGUCUGUUUCUGUGCCAUUUUCAGCGGCCUCCUAGUGUCCAAAGUGGCAGAACUAGCAGCCCUUUUGGAAGGGAGAGUAGGAUCUCGUUGAUGGGUUUAGGAGCCUGCCUUCCUGAAAGAUCAGCGAUCCAUUUUCUCCCCCAAAGCUAGCAAGUGGACUCUGCAAAGGGGGAAACUAAUGGGCUGUUCUUGCUGGGCACUUCAGGUUCGGUCAAGCCGCUUGCGGCUGAAAUGGGAAUGCCAUAUCGAGUAGUAGGUAUUGCACGAGGGGUCUUGCACAACUCCUCCUCACAGCCUCUUUAAGUCCCAGGCAGCUCCCCAGUCGAGAGAAGACAUCAGGGUAUUCUCCAGAACAUUUUGGAGUGAAACUGAACCACUCAGAAACGGAUGGCCUGGCAGAAUUGACAGGCAAGUUGAAUAAAUGAAGAACAGCCUCUUCCUUCUUUCAGGAAAAAAAAAAAUAUGUCCGAUCGUAGUCAGCUUUAUGUCAGUCACAGAAUGAGCAAUUGGCUCUGGAGCAGCUUAUACUGAGAGUUCAUCAGAAUGUCAUAGAACAGUGUCUUAUCUCUCCAGUUAUGGAAACACCUUCACAGGUGAAUUUCCACCUUUGGUGUGGUUAUCUCCCCUCCCCUUUGCCGUGUGGCUUAGCAAACAGAGCAGUAUCUACAAUGCAAAAAUGUCUCUCUAGCUACUUCCCCACAAUGUGCCUGUGAGUCAGAUGUCUUUUUAAAAAUGUAGUCUUGUUACUUCUAAAUCAAUAUUCUCUCUUUCUCUCUCUCUUGCUUUCUCUCUCUUUCUCAUAACAAUAACUAUUAGAUCUAGACCGAACAACGCUGCAGAGAAAAGGAAAUGGGAAAGUGUUAAGAGUGUGGGAUGUGGGUGGGCUGUAAAAAAGAGAGAGAUACUGUUAACGGCAGGAAGCCUGUGCUCUGACAAGGUGUUCUCUUACAGGGUCUGCUAAAAGGCCUGUAAAGCAGAAGCAUGCAGGAGAAGACAAGAAAGUUUCACGUAAGAGACAGAAACAAGUGUGACAUCAACACAAAGCCUUAACAUAUCCUCUUUCUGACUUCACAAGAGCUCUUUUUGGUGCUCUUUAAUGCCAAAAGACAACAUAUGGCAAAGAUGAGUGAUGAAAACAAAGAGCAGUGUUCUUGGACGAGCUGCCUAGUAGAUGUAAAUAUCUACAAGGGAACAGAUCUUUGGAGAUAAUCUCAAGACCAGGGCAUAGAUGAAAUGUUGCCAAGGAAUGCAAGAAGGUUUGAAAAUGCAGGAAGGUUUCUUUCUCAAGUAAUUGCAAAGUUGGGACAGGGGAUGAGUGGAGAAAUGUGUUUCGUGGAUCUGAGACAGGAAGGAUUGGAACUGAUUGGUUCGUGGUGGGGAGGGCAGAAGAGGACUGGGGAGGUGGGGUGGAAGAGUGGAGGGAGAGGAAAACAGAGAUUUUUGAAUUUAGUGGGGAAAGAGAGGAGUUAAAGUUUGUAAAUGAGUUUGUAAAAUCCAAGGAAGUAAGGAAAAGCAACAGGUUUUCAGAUUAAAUGAAAAGGAAGGACCUCGUACAAGUUGACUUAAGCUGUGCCUGCAAGACAAAGUAAUCUUCCUUUUCCUUAGCAAAAGGUACUCCUGUAAGGUUCCCAGAUAAAAAGAGGGAGGCCCCUGAGGCUUGGAGCCAAAAUGCCCCAUGUGGCAACACUUUAGAUGGCCUGCACCAUUUUAGACUGCUGGUAUAAGAUAGGACCUUUUGAAUGCUUCUUCUCCACCAGAUACUCGACACAUAAGCCCCAAGUAAGCAUACCAGAAUAAAAAAGCUACCCUGGAAUUUCUCCGUGACUUGCUCCUUUUGGAGGAUGGCAUCCUUUUACAGGGAAGAAGCUCUGUUUUGCACAUUAUGCGCCACUCUGUAUAUUGAUAACAGGGCUGGAGAACUUCCAAAACAGAGCUGAACCAUUGCAUAUUGCCAGUGCGGCAAUCUGUGACGUGGAUUUGAACCACGGCGGGCCAGUGAAGAUGCUGGUGGCGAUUUAAACCUUGUGUGUGUUCCCAUAUAGCCAAUGCCAACUUUACUCUCACUCUGUGUGUGCGUUUGCUGCUGCAGGAGUGAUACUGCCUGACACACCGCUGCUUGACACUAUCAUGGAUGGUGGCAAGCACAGACCACACUCCCCUUAAUGGAGUUAGGAAUACAGAUGGUAUAUCGCCCAUGGCAGUUGGGUGCUUGUACAGGGCAGAUCCUUUACCAACGCUGCCGCUAACGCCUACUGUGUCUACACGCAAUAAGAGUUAGCAGGGUUGCACACUUGCAACAACCGCAAUGAAAAUAAAACAAAAACCAAGUCAUCUAUUCAAGACUUAAAUUCCUACCAGCCCACUGUUCUGGUGGCUUAUUUUCUGAGUCUUGAGAUGUGACUUUUUUUCAGGAUUACCUCAUUUCUUUCCAGGCCUCACAUUACCCUCUAGAAGGCAAGCCGAUGUCCUGUGUUUUAACCCAUGCCUUUUUUGACCCCCUCAGCAAAGGUUGAGGAAGAAAAAAAAAUCACACAAUAUUGCUCUUAUUUCCUGUAAAAAAUUAUUUUGGAAAAUGCCCUGGAUCUCUGCAAGCUUCUCGAGUUCUUAAAGCGGAGAAAGGUUUUAGAUAAUUUGUACUGUUGGAGCUUUGGAAAACAAAUAGGGCUGGCCAUUAUGAGCUGAAAGAUGCCUGGAUGCUUCAUAACCUCCCCCUGCCCCGCCCCAGAAUUUAUUCUCAAGAAGGAAACCGCUGUCCGUAGCCCAGGACCAUCUCAUAGCUGAGCAAUGUGGAAUUUGUGGCCCUCCAGAUGUUGCAGGACUACAGCUCCCACAAUCCCUCACUCGUAGCCUUGUUGGCUGGGGCAGAUUGGAAAUGGUGCUCAACCACACAUGUAUGGCCACAGGCUCACUGUCAUAGCCAGGACCCUGAAAACGAGAGGAUAGUGUUAAGGUCUGUUUCAUCAUAGAGAUAACGAAAGACUAGACUUGCUCAAAAGCUGCCAUACGAAGAGCAUCACCAAUAGCAGCUCCUACGUUGACUCCAGAAAUUGUUCUGUACAGGCUGCGCCCAGUUAAUGACCACCGUACAGUGCUAGAGUCCCAUAGAUGUACAGCUCUUGGGUUUCCUUGAAUGUGUUUCAUGGGGUCUCCUUUCAGAAUAAGAACAGAGACACGGACAUUUUCUUGAGUAGUGUUUCUUUGCGACUGAGUAAUCACCUGCCUCCCUCAGUUCUAGGAAAGUUGGCCAGAGGUGCAGGCAAGCAAUUGCUGAUUUAAAAAAAGAAACUGGUAGGAGACGCUCCAACAACAAUCUAACUGAAAUUGUGUUUGCAGCCAGUGGAAUUAAGGCUUCAGCCUUAAUGUUUAGCCCUUAGCAGCUGUGUUUUUACCACCAGCUAGUUGCUGCUUACUCUCCCCAUAGGGUAGUUGCUGGAAAACCUCCUCCUCCAUAGGUGGUCUGCAGGCACAUGAAGCAUCUAGAAUUUCCGUGGAUAAUAUGAUAAUCUCUGAGGGAGUGACCUCAGCCUGAUCUCUGCCGUUAAUUUGAGAACUAAGAGCAGCUUCUGUGGGGCAAACAACCCAACCAACACCAGGACUAUGUACCUUUGUAAUUUGAUCAGGAGCAAGAGGCCGAAGGCAUUAUUAAAGCUGUCGUUACCAUAGCCAUGGUAGGUAAUCCAUAUUGGAUAUCAUUUAAGGACCAUGUGGAAAUAUUUGAGAGACACACUUAUAGAAACAUAUAUAAAUAUAUAUAGAUAUAUAUAUAUAAAAUAAAUGCAUAAUUAUAUACAUUUUAUCGUACAGAUUUUUUUGUAAAAGAUAUUGUCUGGGUUGUUGUCUUUUUUAGUGUGGUAUAUUGUCGUUUUCUUAUUUAAAAAAAAAAGUCUGCUUCCAAGAGAAAGUGGGGAGGAGAGAAGAGCCGAUAGUUUUCUCUGACGAGUCAGGAAUAUGACAGAAGGAAUCUGAAAGCUUUGUUUAGUUUUAUUUCUCACCUACUUUUUUGACACCUGUGGCUGCAGCCAGAGAUAUCCAUUGUAAACACUUACUUCUCAAAAGUCUGUGCACCGAAAGGAUGGAAAGUUCAGGAGACGAGACCUGAGCAAAUUGUGCCAUCAGUCGCUGCAGGAAUGUGUAUCCUUAGCCUGUCCUACAUGCAUAUGCCUACUUAGACAAUUCCUACAUGGAAGGCACUUGAACAUGGGAGUUAAUAUGCAACCCAUGUGCGCAAACCACCACCUGCGAUGUGUGUGUGUGUGUGUGUGUGUGUGUGUGUGUUUUCAAGUGUGUUAUUCAUGCAGCAAGAGAUUGAAGGCCAACUUUUUAUAAACCAUGAAACAUCCCUUCAUGUUUUCUGCUCAUCAGCUUCCACCAUCCUGAGCUUGGUUUCUCCGUACAUGAAAAGAUGUUCAGUGUAUGCUUUGGCUUUUCUGAGUGUUGGUGCGACUCAUGCCCAGCUCAGUGUCCCCUCCAAAGGAACUGCCCAGUGGUUUAUGGUCAGAUUUGUCCGUCUUCUAUUCUGCUUUUAAUGGUGCCCCAAAUUCGGCUCCUGGGGUAUCUUCCCGCCUCGGUGUCAGCUCACCUUCAUGCGAGGUUAACAGUCCAGCUGUUCUCUGCUGGGUCUGGCACAUCUUUGCCCAUCCAGCCUCCAGGACCUGUUAGAGGAGCCUUGGAAACAUGCACAACACCAUUGCUGUGCAUGAUGUCCACAUUGGGCACAACUUGCCAUUGGGGGUUCUGGGGUCUGCCUUGUUUUCCACUGGGGCUGAACUCUCUUAAUGCUAGCAUUUCCAAGAGGGGCAGAUGAUUUGGCUGAAUGAAAUAUCCCAUGGACUAAUUUCGGUCCUCUGACAGCCAGUUGCGCUGUUCCGAUCCCUGCUGCUGUUUGGCCAGACCAACUGCCUUUCUUGGAAGGCUUGCUCAGUAUUGGAGCUGUUGUGUAGGCUACCAUGAUGGUAACAUUCUGGACUGUACCAGGUUCCAUGGGGGGGGAGGCGUGGAUCCUGAUUUUGAAUGCACUGAACACUCCUCACUUGCAGUAACCUUGCGCAUGAGGGAGAAAACCAUGCUAAACCUUUCUUCCUUCCAUGUUGGCUUACUACACACAGGGGAGUUUAAAAAACAAACAAAUGGGGGAGUAUCAAAUAAAUUGACCUCCCCACAGGUGGUGCAGGCCAGCCAUCUCAAUCUGCAUCAUGUAUUCCCAGAUCCCAUUAGCCCCAGCCCUUUAUGGCCAGGGAUGGUCAGCGUUGUCCUCUUAACAUCUGGAGGACAGCAGAUCAGGGAAGGCUGCCAUAACGCAUGACGCUUCAGUAUUUGAAAGCUAACAAGCUGGACUGUUUAAUCCUGCAGUGAAGGAUGUGCAACUUUUUGAGAAAUGGGUAACUGGAGCAGUCAGCAGUGAGGCUUCUUAAUGUGAGAAAUCAGAAGGGAAUUCAGGUUACUCCAGUGGCCUAAAGCCAAGAAGUGAAGCCCUUCCCUUCCCCCUCCCUUUUCAAGUCUUUUUAAGCUUUACCACUAUUUGGUUUCAAUGUUUAAGGUUUUGUGUCCCUACCUCCAUAAAGACAGGAGUGUUUUCCCACUGAUAGCCAGCCAUAGUGCUUUUCUCCCCCCAUUUUCACUCAUCCUUGAAAAAUUGUAGGAAAGUCUCUCUUUUUUUUUUGUCACCCGUUCAUUCUAUCUUCUUGUGGUUUUACUUGAUUAUUUUCAUUUCGAUAUUUAUUUUUCGUGCGCUGCUUUUUUAUUAUGAAAUAAAUUAUUGAUAUAUCAAGUAAUGUGGGUGCCUGUUUCGUAAGGCAUAUUCACUGUGUGUGUGUCCAAUCUACUUUUCUCUUGACAAAAAAAAAUAAAUUACAACACAAUGUUAAUUUAUUGCUGUAAAUUUUAAGCUGCAAUGACUGGUUUUUGGUUUGUUUUUGUUUUUUUGUACCUUUCCAAUAAAGCAUUUUCUGGUUUCAG